UGUCUUUGUCACGAGGAACAACAGCUUGUUUUUCUGCUGAACUACCGUCUAACAAUCAGAAAGUGGAAGGACAUAGUGGUGAGCUCCAGGUUUAAAACGCAGUAAGCUGACGCGGUUUUCAUCAUCGACUGAGCUGAACGCUGAAUGGAAAGAAAAACACGCUGCGCUAUACAGGCCUGAGAGGAACAAAACAUGCUAAUAUAGGUGUUUAAAUAAAUAUGACUCUCAGCUGUACAUCUUUAUUACUAAACGUGCAGUAUGGAGCUUAAUGUCCUGUGCCAGUGUCUCGCAGGUCUCUAGGGGACUGUUAAACCGACAAAGCGGAUUUCCGACAUUAACAAUCUACAUGCUUUGUUCUUAUCGUUGUUGUUCCAGAGCGUUAAAAUCCGAUGAAUCGGACCAAGUGAAAAAUGAAUCAUCAUGAAGGUAGACAGGAAAACGUCUGGCUUUUUCCGUAUUGCUCCCAACGUACCGUUGCUUUUCCUACUCAGCAUCCUUCCUCUUCAGUCGGUUACCGCCUUCCCGGAGCCUGCCGUAGUAGAGCAGUUUUGCAGAGACCUGGGUGUUCCUGAACAUGGAAAAAGGACACCGAAAACUGGCGUGUUCUUUGAGAACGCAGUGGUCAGAUUCUCCUGUAUGGACGGAUACAGAUUAAAAGGACCAGCAAAAAUGACUUGUGUUCGCUUCCAUAAUGGAUCGAUGGGAUGGAGACCAAGCCUUAAACCAGUGUGCCUUCCAGAUGACUGUCUUCCCCCGUAUGUUGAGGAUGCUGAUAUUGUUAAUAAGACCUACAGGCCAGGAGAUAAACUUAUCAUCAGCUGUCAUGAGGGAUUUCAAAUCCGCUAUCCUGACACAGAUAACAUGGAAUCGGUUUGCCAAGAGGAUGGAACAUGGGACAAUCAGCCAAUCUGUCAAGGCUGCCUGCGUCCUUUGAUUUCUCCUCAUAGUUACAUGAACAUUUCUGAGACCGAGUUCUCUGUGCCAGUCGGAACGAUAGUACACUACCAGUGUUUCCCUGGCUACAAGCUGGAGGGAGCAGAAUUACUGGAAUGCAUGUAUAACCUCAUCUGGUCAGAUGUACCACCCCGGUGCCUUGAUGUUGAAGCAUGUCCUUUACCUCCAAUGAUAGAACAUGGAGAUUAUGUGUGCCACCCACAUCCAUGUAACCGCUACAUACAUGGGACUGUUGUAGAAUUCUACUGCGAUUCUGGCUAUUCUUUAGCAAAUGACUACAAAUACAUCACCUGUCAGUAUGGGCAGUGGUUUCCUCAGAUGCACAUCUACUGUGUUCAAGACGAGGCCACCUGGCCAAGCUUUCAGGAAUCCUUACUGAGCGCAUGGAAACCGGUGGCCUUCACUGCAUCCAGUGUGCUGUUAGCACUGUUUCUAAUCAUAAUGGCAAAGGUGACCCACUGCAAACGCAAGAUCAAUCAGAACUCGAGUCAAGUUCAGGAGGAUGCCAGGGGUCCAAACGUUAUAGUAGUGGACGGUGUAGCCAUUCCCCUUCCUUCCUACGAGGAGGCAGUCAGCUGUACAGUGUACCAGACUCCACCAGUGCUGCCCCCUGGAGGCUCAGAAAACACACAACUUUCAGAAGAUCAAGAUCCUCCUUCAUAUCCCGGACCUGUAGAAAGUCAGCAUGAUGCUCCAUUUGACAUUGGAGAGGGUGAGACGUGCGACAGCGUCUCAGACACAUCAGAAUGUCUUCAACCCAUGCAUCCGUCAUUUUCACAUGAUGUAGGAUUGAGCAACAUGUCUGAGAAGACCAACGUGAUCACAUCCAUGGAGGAGACAGCUUCUACAAGUCCUAGCAUAGAUAUUGCAGAUGAAAUUCCUCUCGUGGAGGGUGGUGAAGAGUACUGCUGAUACUGUGGAUCUCCACCCUGCAUAAUAUUAUUAUGAUUAUUAUUAUAUGUAUCCUAACUGCUGCAUUCAAGUGUUUCAACACUCCAUAAUAGUUUAUCUAAUGCCAUAUUUAUUUCUCUUACAUAUUAGCUGAUAUUAAGGACAAUACAUAAUACAUUAACCUGGCAAUAGAGGCAAUAAGUCAUAUUUGUAAUACCUCAUGCUUAGAUCAUGAGAAAAACUAUGCAUUUGUUAUUGAAGCAAUUCUUUCAGUAUGAAGCUUACAUUUUCAAACAAAUACAGCAGUUACCAAAGGGUAAAAUUACAUAUUUGAUCUAGGCAUAAGAUCUAAAUAAUACAUUUGAUUAGUUACCUGUGUAUGGCAAGCUUUCAAAUGAUAAAGCCUAUUGAAAUAAACUGCUUUUAGUUCACUAGAAAAUCUGUACUUCUGUUCUAAUUCUGAGCUGAUUGUAAACGCUGCAUUCACAUAAAAUUAUAUUACAUAAUAUUUCACAAGUGUAUACUAAAAUUAAUGGUUUUUAUUUGUUUAUGAAGUACAAAAUGAUAAUAGGAAAGAAGUCUCACAAUUCAUAUUGCAAUUUGUUCAGGCAAAAACACAAUAAAUCGACUUCUUCAACAAUA